GCCCCGUGUCGUCACCGGAAGCGCCGUUCCGCGUGGCUCCUCUCCUCGCCCAGACCUUGGGCUCGGCUGUCACGGGCAUGGCUCGCUCCCGCCGGAGCGGCGCGCACCGGGCGCACUCCUUAGCCCGCCAGAUGAAGGCUAAGCGUCGGCGGCCGGACCUGGAUGAGAUUCACCGCGAGCUGCGGCCACAGGGGCUCGCGCGGCCCAAGCCGACCCCGGACUCGGAACCCGACCCCGACCUGCCCGGGGGCGGCCUGCAUCGCUGCCUGGCCUGCGCGAGGUAUUUUAUCGAUUCCGCCAACCUUAAGACACAUUUACGAUCCAAAGACCACAAGAAAAGGCUGAAGCAGCUGACCAUCGAACCCUACAGUCAGGAAGAGGCAGAGAGGGCAGCGGGCAUGGGGUCGUACGUGCCCCCCCAGCGGCUGUCAGUGCCCACAGAAGUGUCCACUGAGGUUCCCGAGAUGGACACAUCUAUCUGAAGAUGAAGGGCAGAGGAGUUGCUCAAGGACAGUGCUGCAAGGACUAGGCUGGGAGAGAGUGUAUCAGCCUCUCUGGGCUCUGGGUUUGAGGUUUGGAGGGCUGUUUCUGAUGCCCUUCCUUCAAUAAAGGAGCUGGACAAAGAA